CAAAAGCCAUCCUCCAUCACUACAACGCCACGAAAAACACAACACAACCAACAGUGUUAUAUAAAUCCGUUGCCCGCAGCCACAAGCGCAACACAACACAAUGAGUGAAAAAUCUCCACGUCAAAAGAACUGAGCAGGCGAAGAAAUAGAGAAAAGGGCUGAAGUUAGGCAUUUAUUCCGGCGGCUCGGAAGGGGCUUCUCGCCAGUGUGAGGUUUGGUGGCCCCAGCCAGGAUGAGGACAGGAGAGACAAGUAGUACGACGCCCGUCACCCAGUCUAUAAUUUCCCUGAGACGCCAGGCUUUUACCGAGGCCUUGUAUUGCAGUACUGGAAUUACAUAUUUGGAUUUCAUCCAUACGUUUGCUUCAUGUGAUACUCAUCGGGCAAAAUUCAGUCUUAAGGUUCCAGUGAUCCUAGCACUUCAGUUGCUAACCAGUAAGACUCAUGCUACUUCUACAACCUUGCCAUCAUCUUAACAGUACCCAAAAAUACUAUUAGGAUUUAAGCUGCCACCUUCUUCAUUAUGCAAGGAAUAGCAGAAGACAUGUGUACCCCUGAAAACACAUUGCAUUUCAAGGAAAAUAUAUUGGCUGAGGAAUUUGAUGAGAGGAAUCUAUUCACUGACAGUGAAAACCGUGGUAGUGAAACAGAGAGCUGUUUUAGUGGCUUUGACUCUGAUAAUGAAUCAUUAAUGACAAGUUACAGUAAUCAUGAUCAGGCUCAUGCGGAAAGAAAUAUAACCGAUGAAAUGGAGCCUAGAAACUGUCUUGAAAAACAUUAUGUGAGUCAUAUAGGCAGUAAACAUUCAUAUGUUUAUAAUGCAGAAUCAAGCAAUUCACAAGGUGUAGGAAUUGGAAAGCCAGAUAUUUGUGGUAAUCAAAUUGAAAAACAGCAGAACAAGAAGUUGAAAAGAAAAAUUAUUAUAAUAUGUCAUAGUAAUGGUGAACAACGUAGUAAGUACUCAAAAAUUGUAAGGAAUUCAACAUUAAGUAUACAUAACAAAAACUAUGGAUUGCAGGGGGAUGUGAAUAAUAAGGGUGUAGAGUAUUUAAGAAUAUGUACAAGUACUAUGCCAGAGUGUGGAAAUGAGGUAGGGUGUCAAAAAUCAUCUUCUGAUGACAUUCAGGUCAUCAAAAGAAAUAUGGGUUGUGUGGCUGGUCCACAUUCAGCUUAUGAUGAACCUCAGAUCAUAGAUCACAAGAAUUGCACGAUAGGAUAUGCAGGUUGUGUGGCCUCUUCCCAUGCAAAUCGUCAGUCAUUUGUUCCAUCUUUUAAUCAUCCUGGUAUAUACAGUCAACCAGGUGUAGCAAAAAGUAUUCAAAAUGCCACUUCUGAUCUAAAUGGAAAUGCAUCAAGACUGCAGGCCUCGACUGUGAAUCAGACUGUGUCUAAUCACCUGACACUUAACACUCGGGAAUUUUGCAGUACCUUUUCGCCAACAGUAAGUAAAUGUGAUGUAAACAAUAGAGCAUAUAGAGUAAUACAGGAUGUGACUAAUGAGGGAAAUGGAUGUUUUCGGGUACGCACGACCGCUGGAGCAGGAAAUGAAGGCGCAACUUACAAGUACGAUGAUUUCAUUACAUGGGAAGAUGAUAAUUAUAUUUUCAUUCCUUUUGUAUCUCCAGUUACAAUUUCUCCCACAGUAAUGGAAACAAAUGGUGAAUAUUUUCAGUCCAUUGAAGAAAGUAAUGAUGGCAAUACAAAUCACAAUCUAACUUCAAAUGAACAAGAAAAAGAGAAAAUGGAGAAGUCAACUGAUGAUUUUGGAAUUCAAAAGCCUUGUAGUUCUUUCUCUUCACCAAAUAACAACAUUCAUAGGAAAGCCUUGAGCCCUCAGUUUGUAGGUUCAAGCCAACCUGCUCCAAACCAUAUGAAUUCUACUCCAGAACAAAUUAAAAAUGUUGUUACAGAAGGAAAGGUUAAGAAAAAGAAACCUAAGUACUCUCAGAAAGAAAAUUAUCAUGUCUUAAAAGACCACUCCUAUUUUGCCAACCCUGAAGGCUCUCUCGGCCGUAAUUUUUCUGACAAUGUUGACAAACUAUCAGCAAAAAAUGAAGAUUGUGAGGUACUGCACAACAGUGCAGAUGCUCUGACCGAAAAUGUGUCUGCUGAUAGAUCACCUAAAGAUGAGAUUAACAACAGUGAAAGCGAAACUUCUGGGAGGAGUAUCAAAGAUAAACUCUGUGCCACAACUCCACCACUUUUGCAGAAUAUUCCCAAUUUCAUUUUUAGUGUAGAAGAUAUUUGUGCUAUGGAACAAACCAAACAGUCGUUGAGCAGCAGAGAUGUGUCUGUAAAUGUAGAAAACAUAGUGGAACCAAAGCAGAGGUCUGAAAGUACCACCUCUUUUCCCGAUUCAUCAAUCUCCGAAAGAGAAAGAUGCAUACCUAGUUUAGAGGAUCUUGUUAAGAGAAUUUCUAAAGAAGUGACUGUUAAAUUAAUAUCAGAGAAAAUUAGUGAUAACUCUGGCACUGAUUUAUUGAAAUCAACUGUGUAUGGCAAUGAAGAUGUACAAACAUUUCAAACCCCUAGUCAAGAAAUUAUUAAAAAAGUCACCAUUAAACCAAAAGAACCUCACCAGAAAAAACAGGUAAUAGCAGCACCAGAUGGCUCUAAUGAAGAAUAUUCCAGUAAGAUGACUUCAUUGCCAACAUCUGUGGUAAAUGUUGACAGUGGUCCCAUGACAUCUGGCCCCCAAAAGAGAAAAGCAGUACCAACACAAGAAACUAACCACAAUUAUUGUAAACAGACAGUCACUUCACCAAAAGUAAUUAAAGUUAGUGAUAAUUGUUUAUUGAUACCUGAAAGAAAUGUGGCAAUAUCAAAAGUACAAACUCUUGAAAAAGACCCUUGCAAUAAUGCUACAUCUGAUCCAAAAUCAGUAUAUGAUGGGGGUAAUUUUGGUAAUAUUCUUUCUAACAUAUUGACCUCUAAAAAUAGCAAGGAAAUAUCAAAUUCAAAAGAUUUUAGUCAAGAUAGUACGUUAAACUAUGAAUCAAAAUCAGUUGAAAUUAUGGACAACUACACUGGCACACAUCGUAAAAGGCCUGUCUUAAUCUGCCAUAGGAGAAAAGUAAAACGAACAAACAAAGAUAAUUAUGAAUGUAAUAUAAGGGCAAAUUUAAAGGAAAAUUGUAUAGAGAAUACUACUAAUAAUAAUAAUUGUAAUAUUAAUCCUAAUUCUAACAAGUCUUAUUAUGUGAAGGAUACCACAGUGUCAUUGAUUCCAGGAGAGCUUAAUCAUGAACACAGUAGUGUCACAAGUCAAAGGCCAAACUCUGUUGGGAUUAUUGAUAGUGAUGUUACUUCAGAUUCACAUCUUUUAUACCCUGAAAAUAAUAAUAUACUAUCACCAGAAGAACUAGUUACAAAUAUAUUUGAAGAUAUACCCUCAAGCAGUGCUUUUAUAGAAGAUAAAACCAGUUACAAUGAUUGCAAUGUUUGUAGUCCACUUGAAUCCCAGUACAAGAAAUUAUCAUUGACAGUGCAAAAUCAUGACACUUUUGAAGAGACAACCUUUAAACAGAAUCUUGUAAAAACGUAUAGUAGAAAAUCUAAAGUUUCUGGUACACUUAAGCGCCAAAACAGAAGAGGAAAAUCUUUUCCAGACAAACUUGGUAAAAACAUAAGUAUAAAGACAGGUACAGUGAUGAAAUCUGUCAAAGAUGUUAGGAACCUCUCAAUGGAUUCAAGGAGACGAGCAAAGUGUCUAGUAGACGCUUUUCCAAAUAUUUGUAGUGAUAAAGUUGUUAAAGAAGAUGGCAAAUGCUCUCCUGGAGAACAUUUAGAAAAGGAUGUCAUCAGAAAAGCACGGCAACCUCUGGACCCAGUCACUGAAUCUAAAUCCUCUAGAUUCUCGGAAAGUGCCCGCAAAAGAAAAAAAUGUAAGAGCAAUUUAAGUGUUGCAAGGUCAGCACUUGCAGGUACAGAUUCAAAGAAAAGCAAUGCAGUUAAUGAAUUGCAGUCAAACCAUAGAAAUAUCGGCUCUCAUUAUAGCAAUCUAGAUUCUCUUCUUAUAAAUGAUAGAAUUGAUAGUUUGAGUACAAAUGAUUCUACUUUGCUUAAUGAAAACAACCAUAAUAGUACAAAAAGUUGUAAAGAUAAUGACACUGAUAGUGAACUUAACAAAGCAAAGAAAGAUGGUCAACAGCAUAAAGUAAAUAAAAUACUAGAAGUAAUAGAUUUGUCGGUAGAUGAUGGUAACUGUUUCUGUAAGAAUAAAAUGCAAAUAUCUGCAAAAGAUCAGAAUGGUAGUUGUGCAGUCUGCUGUGCAAAGGAGAUGAACUGUAAAACCCUAGUGAGCAGAAGUGAUGCAGAAACAAUCCUUUAUCCCUUUGACCGUAAUAUGCUAUUUAAUACCCUUGGUUUGGUUGAGAAGAGCUCAUUUGAUGCUAAACAAUGUAUUCCAUCUCUUAUUGCUCAUAGAACCAGGAAUGUACGAGCAAUAAAAAUAAUGGAAAAACAAAAAGAAAGAGAAUAUAAAAUGGUAAAUCAACCAAAGAUACCCUACUCUGAUGACAUAAAUGAUGCAAAAAGUGCUAAAAUCUCUCUGUUAAAGGAACAAUGUCUUGAUGAUGCAGAAGUUAAAGUGAGUCCAAAAGACUCUUUCCUAAAAAUAUUGAGUUUUGAGAAAAAUAAAUAUAGGACAGCUAGUAUCAGUGAUGUAGAUGAGAGCAUUGGAAAAAAAUUGCCUAAAAAUGGAGUUUGUGAAUUAAGUUUUGAGGGCUUUAAGGAUGGCAAUGGACAGGAAAGGGAAAAUUCCCCAAACUUAACUGCAUAUAUUGCUAGCAAAGGAAAUGAGAACAUGUCACUAGUUUCAAGUAGCAUGUAUGAAAGUGACAGUGUUGAUUGUAGUGAUAAUGCUGAAAAUUGUAAUGAAAGUAGUAGAUGCAAGGAUACCAAGGACAACAUGAACAAUAAUCACAGUGUGCAUGAACUUCAAAUUGUAAUUGAAAGACUAAAAACAGAUGCUGGAGAUUCUCUCAAGUGUGUAUGCUUGGAAAAGAAGAGAGAGAGAUCCGUUUUUGGUGAAAGUUACAAGCAAUGUAAAAUACAUUUAAGCCCUAGGAAGCAAAUAGAUGGGAAUAAAACACCAAUUUUGCAUUCCAAAUGUCAGAAGUCUUCCAAAGAUACAGAUCAACAAAAAGACGAUAAUGCAAGUGAUUGCCUUCAACUCAAGGCCAGUGUUUCAAAUAGUGUUCCAGAGUAUGUUGCGUCUGUGUUAGGACAAAGUUCUUCUCAUCAUGCUGAAUAUAAGAAUUGUAUUGAAAUUAAAAAGAGACGCUUGAAAAAACCUCUUCGUAAAAAGUUUAAGAAUAACGUCAUAGAUAAAAGAACACCAUCUGACAUAAACAUUGAUAAAACAUCUCAGAUUGUAAAAAGUAAUAACACACUGCAUGACAAUAAUAUGUUUCCUGGACUUCUACGAUGUGAUAAAUUAGAUUUGUGUGACAGCCAGUCUUCAUUUGAUGUCAGGUCACAUGAGAAUACCAAGAAACUCGGCAAUCAUGUAGGUAAUGAGUCCAAGCAACACAAAAAUGUAAAGUGCUAUUUAAGAACUAAAAAAAAAAAUAAAAGUCUAGUUCAACAAAAUUGGGCACAGUCUGAUAUUUCCAGUAUGGAAAAUAAUGGACAAGAUCAGUUGGAAUGCAUGUCUUCAGCAAAAAUUAACCAACAGAAUUUAGUGCAAUCAGUCAGUUCUGGAGGCAUUAAUAGACAGGAGCCAGUUUCUUUUGUAGAAGAAAAGGCUACCUUUGUAGAAAAUAUACAGGAUCCAAAGCUGUGUGUUGAUUCUAUAGAAGAAAAUGUCCAGAAAUUUGCAAAAUCUUCCAUUCCUGACAAAAUUAGUAGACAGGACAUAGUGCAGUCUCAUGUUUCUUCUAAAUAUGAGGAUAGGGAACAGACUAUAUUGCAGACUUCUCUCUCUGCUAAAGAAAAUGGACAUGAUACAGUACUAUAUAAUACAUCUAAAGAAAUUGGGCAAGGUUUACUGAUGUUUAUUAAAUCUGCAGAAGAUAAUGGAAAGACCCCAGUGCUGUGUGGCUCUUUAGCAGAUAAUUUUGAAAAGGAUUCAGAGUAUGCUAUUUGUAAAAAAGUAAAUAGACAGGAUGUAGUGCAGCCAAAUCUUCUUGUAGAAGAUAAUGUUCACGACUCAGUUGUGAGUGUUCCUUCGACAGAACUUAAUAGAGAAGAGUCUGUGCAGUAUGCUACUUCUACAGAAAAUAUUGAGCAUGAUUUAGUGCAAUCCAAAGCUUCUGCAGAAAACAAGAGACAAGCUUUUAUAGAACACAAGAGACGGGCUUCUGCAGCAAGCAAGGAACAGGCUUCUGCAGCAAGCGAGGAAUGGGCUUCUGCAGCAAGCAAGAGACGGGCUUCUGCAGCAAGCGAGGAACGGGCUUCUGCACCAAGCAAGAGACGGGCUUCUGCACCAAGCAAGGGACGGGCUUCUACAGCAAGCAAGGGACGGGCUUCUCUAGCAAGCAAGAGAUGGGCUUCUGCAGCAAGCAAGGGACGGGCUUCUGCAGCAAGCAAGGGACGGGCUUCUCUAGCAAGCAAGACAUGGGCUUCUGCAGCAAGCAAGAGACAGGCUACUACAGCAAGCAAGGGACGGGCUUUUGCACCAAGCAAGGGACUGGCUUCUGCAGAAAGUAAGGGAUGGGGUUCAGCAGAAAGCAUUGGAUGCACUUCUGCAGAAAGCAAGGGACAAGCUUCUACAGAAAAUAAGGAACAUGAUUCUGCAAAAAGCAAGGGACAAGCUGCGGAAAAAAGCAUGGAAAAAUCUUUGACAGAAAGCAAGGGACAAGCAUCUUUUAAAAGCAAAGGACAAGAUUCUGCAGAAAACAAGGAAGAAACUCCUACAAAAAGCAAGGGACAAACUCCUACAAAAAACCAGGAAGAAACUCCUACAAAAAGCAAGAAAGAAACUCCUACAAAAAGCAAGGGACAAACUCCUACAAAAAACCAGGAAGAAACUCCUACAAAAAGCAAGAAAGAAACUCCUACAAAAAGCAAGGGAGAAACUCCUACAAAAAGCAAGGAAGAAACCCCUACAAAAAGCAAGGAAGAAACUCCUACAAAAAGCAAGGAAGAAACUCCCACAAAAAGCAAGGGAGAAACUCCUACAAAAAGCAAGGGAGAAACUCCUACAAAAAGCAAGGGAGAAACUCCUACAAAAAGCAAGGGAAAAACUCAUUCAAACAGCAAGAGAAAAACUCCUACAAAAAGCAAGGGAGAAACUCAUUCAAAAAGCAACGGAAAAGCUUCUGCAGAAAGCAAGGGACAGGCUUCUGCAGAAAGCAAGGGACAGGCUUCUGCAGAAAGCAAGGGACAGGCUUCUGCAGAAAGCAAGGGACAGGCUUCUGCAGAAAGCAAGGGACAAGCUUCUGCAGAAAGCAAGGGACAGGCUUCUGCAGAAAGCAAGGGACAGGCUUCUGCAGAAAGCAAGGAACAGGCUUCUGCAGAAAGCAAGAGACAGGCUUCUGCAGAAAGCAAGGGACAGGCUUCUGCAGAAAGCAAGGGACAGGCUUCUGCAGAAAGCAAGGGACAGGCUUGUGCAGAAAGCAAGGGACAGGCUUGUGCAGAAAGCAAGGGACAGGCUUGUGCAGAAAGCAAGGGACAGGCUUCUGCAGAAAGCAAGAGACAGGCUUCUGCAGAGAGCAAGGAACAGGCUUCUGCAGAAAGCAAGGAACAGGCUUCUGCAGAAAGCAAGGUACAGGCUUCUGCAGAAAGCAAGGUACAGGCUUCUGCAGAAAACAAGAGACAGGCUUCUGCAGAAAGCAAGGGACAAACCUCUGCAGAAAGCAAGGGACAGGCUUUGGCAGAAAGCAAGGGACAGGCUUCUGCAGAAAGCAAGAGACAGGCUUCUGCAGAAAGCAAGAGACAGGCUUCUGCAGAAAGCAAGGGACAGGCUUCUACAGAAAGCAAGAGACAGGCUUCUGCAGAAAGCAAGGGACAGGCUUCUGUAGAAAGCAAGAGAGAGGCUUCUGCAGAAAGCAAGAGACAGGCUUCUGCAGAAAGCAAGAGACAGGCUUCUGCAGAAAGCAAGGGACAGGCUUCUGCAGAAAGCAAGGGACAGGCUUCUGCAGAAAGCAAGAGACAGGCUUCUGCAGAAAGCAAGAAACAGGCUUCUGCAGAAAGCAAGAAACAGGCUUCUGCAGAAAGCAAGAAACAGGCUUCUGCAGAAAGCAAGGGACAGGCUUCUGCAGAAAGUAAGGGACAGGCUUCUGCAGAAAGCAAGAGACAGGCUUCUGCAGAAAGCAAGGGACAGGCUUCUGCAGAAAGCAAGAGACAGGCUUCUGCAGAAAGCAAGAGACAGGCUUCUGCAGAAAGCAAGGGACAGGCUUCUGCAGAAAGCAAGAGACAGGCUUCUGCAGAAAGCAAGGGACAGGCUUCUGCAGAAAGUAAGGGACAGGCUUCUGCAGAAAACAAGAGACAGGCUUCUGCAGAAAGCAAGGGGCAGGCUUCUGCAGAAAGCAAGAGACAGGCUUCUGCAGAAAGCAAGAGACAGGCUUCUGCAGAAAGCAAGGGACAGGAUUCUGCAGAAAGCAAGAGACAGGCUUCUGCAGAAAGCAAGAGACAGGCUUCUGCAGAAAGCAAGAGACAGGCUUCUGCAGAAAGCAAGAGACAGGCUUCUGCAGAAAGCAAGAGACAGGCUUCUGCAGAAAGCAAGAGACAGGCUUCUGCAGAAAGCAAGGGACAGGCUUCUGCAGAAAGUAAGGGACAGGCUUCUGCAGAAAGCAAGGGACAGGCUUCUGCAGAAAGCAAGGGACAGGCUUCUGCAGAAAGCAAGAGACAGGUUUCUGUAGAAAGCAAGAUACAGGUUUCUGCAGAAAGCAAGGGUAAGGCAUCUGCAGAAAUCAAGGGACAGGCAUCUGCAGAAAUCAAGGGACAGGCUUCUGCAGAAAUCAAGGGACAAGAUUCUGCAGAAAGCAAGAGACAGGCUUCUGCAGAAAGCAAGGGACAGGCUUCUGCAGAAAGCAAGGGACAGGCUUCUGCAGAAAGCAAGAGACAGGCUUCUGCAGAAAGCAAGAGACAGGCUUCUGCAGAAAGCAAGGGACAAGAUUCUGCAGAAAGCAAGGGACAAGCUUCUGCAGACAACAAGGGACAAGCUUCUGCAGACAACAAGGGACAAGCUUCUGCAGACAACAAGGGACAAGAUUCUGCAGAAAGCAAGGGACAGGCUUUUGCAGACAACAAGGGACAAGCUUCUGCAGACAACAAGGGACAAGCUUCUGCAGAAAGCAAGGGACAGGCUUUUGCAGACAACAAGGGACAAGCUUCUGCAGAAAACAAGGGACAAGCAUCUGCAGAAAGCAAGGGACAAGAUUCCGCAGAAAGCAAGGGACAAGAUUCCGCAGAAAGCAAGGGACAAACCUCUGCAGAAAGCAAGGGACAGGCUUCUGCAGACAACAAGGGACAGGCUUCUGCAGAAAACAAAGGACAAAAUUCUGCAGAAAGCAAGGAAAAUGCUUCACGAAAAUGCAAGAAAAAGGCUUCUGCAGAGAGUAGAGGACAAACUCCUACAAAAAGCAAAGGAGAGCUUUCUGCUGAAAGGAAGGAAAGGGCUUCUGCAGAAAGCAAGGGACUAACUUCUGCAAAAUGUAAGGGACAAGCUACUGAAGAAAGCAAAGGAACUGAUGCUACAGAAAACAAUAUAAAUGCUUUGACAGCAAGCUUGGGACAAGCUUCUACAGAAAGAAAGAGUAAGACUUCUACAAAAAUUAAAAGAUGGACUUCUGCAGAAAGCAAGGGAAGGGCUUCGGCAGAAAGCAAGGGAAGGGCUUCGGCAGAAAGCAAGGGGCAUAAUAUUGCAGAAAGCAAGGGACAUACUUCUGCAGAGAGCAAGGGACAGGCUUCUGCAGAAAGCAAGAGACAGGUUUCUGCAGAAAGCAAGAGACAGGUUUCUGCAGAAAGCAGGAGACAGGUUUCUGCAGAAAGCAAGAGACAGGUUUCUGCAGAAAGCAAGAGACAGGUUUCUGUAGAAAGCAAGAGACAGGUUUCUGCAGAAAGCAAGGGAAAAGCAUCUGCAGAACUCAAGGGACAAGCUUCUGCAGAAAUCAAGGGACAAGCUUCUGCAGAAAUCAAGGGACAGGUUUCUGCAGAAAGCAAGAGACAGGCUUCUGCAGAAAGCAAGAGACAGGCUUCUGCAGAAAGCAAGGGAAAGGCUUCUGCAGAAAGCAAGGGACAAGCUUCUGCAGAAAUCAAGGGACAGGUUUCUGCAGAAAGCAAGAGACAGGCUUCUGCAGAAAGCAAGAGACAGGCUUCUGCAGAAAGCAAGGGAAAGGCUUCUGCAGAAAGCAAGGGAAAGGCUUCUGCAGAAAGCAAGGGAAAGGCUUCUGCAGAAAGCAAUGGAAAGGCUUCUACAGAAAGCAAGGGAAAGGCUUCUGCAGAAAGCAAGGGAAAGGCUUCUGCAGAAAGCAAGGGAAAGGCUUCUGCAGAAAGCAAGGGAAAGGCUUCUGCAGAAAGCAAGGGAAAGGCUUCUGCAGAAAGCAAGGGAAAGGCUUCUGCAGAAAGCAAGGGAAAGGCUUCUGCAGAAAGCAAGGGAAAGGCUUCUGCAGAAAGCAAGGGAAAGGCUUCUGCAGAAAGUAAGGGAAAGGCUUCUGCAGAAAGUAAGGGAAAGGAUUCUGCAGAAAGCAAGGGAAAGGAUUCUGCAGAAAGCAAGGGAAAGGCUUCUGCAGAAAGUAAGGGAAAGGCUUUUGCAGGAAGCAAGGGAAAGGCUUCUGCAGAAAGCAAGGGAAAGGCUUCUGCAGAAAGCAAGGGAAAGGCUUCUGCAGAAAGCAAUGGAAAGGCUUCUGCAGAAAGCAAGGGAAAGGCUUCUGCAGAAAGCAAGGUACAAACAUCUGCAGAAAGCAAUGGACAACCAUCUGCAGAAAGCAAGGUACAGGCUUCUACUUCUUUGAAUGAUGGUAAUAAGAAUUCAGCUCUAUUUAGUACAUCAUUUAAUGAUUCCUUUGAUUGCCAUAAAAAAACAUCUGAGAGAGGGAUUGUGAAAUUUUUUUAUAGAAGCAGCGGCUUACCAUUUAGCUCAAAUAAGAAAAGUGAAAAGAUGACUGGUAAAUGCCAGUAUAUACAAACAGAAAAAUUAGAACAUAAUGACUUUCUGGGAUUUGAUAAUGCGAAUAAGGAUCAUGAACUCGGUGAGAACUUAAUGUCCUGUAAAGAUUCCAACAAUGAAAUUGAUACGUUUUCAAGCAUACCAGAUGAAAGUAACACAUAUUCACUGAAUCUGGAUGAGUUAGAUAUUAUAGAUGCAGAUGUAAUUGAUCCAACAUAUCAGUGUGCAGUUUCGUUUAUGGAGGGUCAAACAUACAGUGAAUCUAGCUGCUUACCAUUAUUAUUGCCCUCUGCAGAAAUUUCUGCAUUUUCUGGUGAUGUUGGUAUAAAUGGAAGUACGGAGGAUCUCCUUAGUACAGAUCUCCCUUCACCAGAAAUGAGAACCUUGAGGAAUAUCACAGGAAGGGCUAGGGGAUCCACUAGGCAGGAAACACCAGACAAGAUAUUGAGGUCAUCUAUCAAGAAACCAGACACACACAUGAAAAUCAGUUCUGAAAUUCAGACUUCAGAUGAUGUUGUAGACCAAAUAAAUGCUGCUCAGAAAGAAAAUUGCCCAGAUAAAACUGUAACAAUGCAAAAAGUUCAGAGAGAUAUAUUUAAGACCACUGAACCAAGGCCAUAUCUUCCAUUAGCAUCUCAAAAGAGAAAAGGUAGGAUAUAUAAUAGAAGAUUUAAAUAUAAUGUUAUCAUGAAAAAUGGUAAAAGAUGGUACCCAUGUGAUCUAUGUGGUCACAAGUUUGGUUCAUCAGGCGACUUAGUUCGGCACACGAGAAUGCACAAUGGAGAAAGACCUUUCAAGUGUGACAUUUGCUUUCGGACUUUCAAACAGAAAGGUGCUUUAAAUAAACACUUGCUUUUACAUGAAGGAAAAAGACCUUAUCUUUGUACAACUUGUAAUGUGACUUUUACACAGAAAGCUCACUUAAAAUCUCACCAAAGAGUUCAUACUGGUGAGAAACCAUUUCGAUGUGAAGAGUGUGGUAAAUCUUUUUCCCGAUUAGAUCACCUUAAAGGACAUGCAAAUACUCAUACAUUUGAAAGACCUUUCAAGUGUGAUUUGUGUACACUUACUUUCAAAGGCUAUGCAAAUCUAGCCAAACACAAAAAAAUUCAUCUUGACGUCCGACGUCACCAGUGCACUUAUUGUGACGCUUCUUUUCUUGUGGCUCACAGUUUGAAAUUGCAUGUAAGGACACACACAGGAGAAAGACCUGUCCAUUGUCCAUUGUGCAAUGUUGAUUUUAGAUUUGAAAGCAGUUUGAGAAAGCAUGCAAGCACAUUUCAUCCUGACUUUGAGGUUAGAGGUUCUGUUCUUGUACCAGUGCCACUAGACUGACAAGGUAUGCACAAAAACAUAUUCCAGUUGCUCACUUUACAAAUACAAUGAAGUACUCUGUACAUAACUAUACUUUUAUCUUAAACUUUUAAAUAUUUAUUAUUACUGUGAUGGAUAAACUCCUCUAAACUACUUUGAAACAUGUACCCAUUAAAAAAUAAAACUGCAAGGUGUUUAUUAUUUGUAUCUUGAGUUAUGAAAUUUAUGUAUUGUAUACGGUAAUUUAUAAAUAUAUAAUUUAAAAUUACGAGAUAGCUAAAAUGAGCUUCCAAUUCUUCUCGUUUUCUUUUAUCUAUGUACACAUUACAAGAAUACAUAUGCUGUUAAACUUAGUUACACAAGUAAAUCAUUUUGAGAGCUAUGAUGUAUUAUCCUUUGUUUCUUUAUGAAUUAUGGUUGGAAACUAAAUCACUAUUAAGAAUAAAUUAAUUUUGUUGAUGUAGCCUUGAAAUGGGACUAAAACAUUGUAGCUGUUCAGGUACGAAUGUGAUAUUUUCAUUUAGUUGUAUGCUUAACCUUCUGCAGAUAUUUGACUAUGUAAUGUCAAUGUAAUGCUUAGCAUUUACUAAGUGACAUUAGUAAGUAUCACUUACAUUUGUGAUAUUUAUAAAAUAUGAAAUGUAAUUUGACAUUUUAUUAAUGCCAAAUUAAUAACAUUAAUAAAAAUGUAUUAAUGUUAUUAAUUAAUAAUGUUUUUAUAACAUUUUAUAAUUAAUGUUAUUAAUGUUAAGAACUCAGGGUAUGUGAAAGCCAUCAGGGUAUGUCAAAACCAUCUCGAGAACAUGAACAAGUUUCCUGUCAAUAAUGUUCCCAUACCCGUAUAAAACAUGAUUUUUUUACAGCUUCAAAUGUUUCUCAAGCUAUGGCGCUUCAACAGAGUAAGGGAUAACUAUUCAUUCUGGGGGAAACCCCACCGGCUCCCUGGAGCUAUCCAGGCUGAAUGGAUAUGUAUAUCUUUCUGGUAUCAGUCAAUGCAUGGCCUAUAGAGACCCCCAUGUGGUUGGAGCAUUCUAUGUAUGCCAUCGAUCGGGAUAGGCACCCAGAAAUAGUGGCGCCCCAAAAUAAACUCUAUUCUGGUAAAACUAUUGCAACCGAAGGCUGAACAAGUGGACAGAACUCCCCAAACGAAAAUUAGCAAACGAGCAUGAGGUCAUCAUGUCGCCGCACCACUGUCUGUGCAACCCCCCCCCUCCCCUCCUGGGGAGGGGGGAAGAGGGUGCCCCAGACCCAUCGGCUGGCGACCCAACCUUCAGUUUUUGGCUGAUGGGAGUCUGGUGCGGUUGUGCCUCUGGCCCCAGUUUUUGUUGGUGUUGUGCAGCUUCACGUGCAGCUUCCUUCCCUUUUGGCUGCCUUGGUUGCGGAGGAUUUGCGUACUCGUGGCCUGCUUGCUUCAGCCCUGCGUUCUUUUCCCUCCUUGAGCUGUCCUCGGAUUGGCUUGAGUUGGAUGUGGGGGCUUUUGGGGCCGCUGCCGGGUCUGGGGCACUGCCCUCUGCGGUGCAGGCGUUGUCUGCUUUGUUGAAGCUUCUUGGAGAUCAUCUUGGAGUAGGUUUGCUUGGGCAUAGUCAAAACGACCUCGUCCCUCAGGUGGGUUUACCGUCUGUGUCUGGUCCCGAAAUGGGACUGCGCGGACCUACAGUUCAUUCUGGACUUGUCCCGUCUGAACCCGUGGAUUUAUUGCCCCUCCUUCAGGAUGACUACUUUGUCCCAGAUCUGUCUUCUGUUGGAGCCGGGCAUUUGGAUGGUGUCCCUAGACCUCCAGGACAUGUAUUUACAUGUCCCGGUUCAUCUGAGGUUCAGGGACUGGCUCGGUUUUGUUGUCUGGUGUCAGGGUUACCGUUUUCAUUGUCUUUCCUUUGGGUUGAAUCUAGCGCCUUGUAUUUUCACAUACGUUACUCGGAUCGUGGGGGCCUGUCUUCAUCUGCUAGGUGUUCGGGUUCUGGCCUUCCUCGAUGACUGGCUGGGUUAUGCUCCCAGCCAAUCCGCGUGUCUGCUCGCCAGGGAUUUGGUUCUUUCCCAGCUCGCUGGAUUUGGGUUCUUGGUGGACUGGAGGAAGUCUCAUCUGGUUCCCUCUCAGGUUUGGUCUUGGCUUGGUCUGGUUUGGGACGCUCGUACCGCUUCCUUGUCUCUUCCUCCGGCGGCUCUGCUCCGUCUGCAUUCCCACCUUCAUCUGUUCCUGAGGGGCUCCCGGGCCACGAGGCGGUUGCUUGAGAGUUUGUGCAGGAGCCUGAACUUUGCCAUGAUGGUCUACCUGCCAGGUCGGGUGUGGCUUCGUCAGCUGUUCUAGUUCCUUCAGGGACAGCCCUUCUGCCUCUCUCGUGAUCAUUGGGUUCGGCCUCCGGGGGCUUUGCAUUGGUUGCUGCAUCGCUGGCUUCCUUUUUGGGUUUUUCGGGGUUCAGUGCCUUGGCGCCUACCCGAGCCCUCGCUCGAUGUGUACACGGACACGUUGUCUCUUGGCUGGGGCUUUGUGACCAGUGCUCAUCUGGCCGGCCAGGGGAGGUGGGGUCCGUCCUUACAUCGGGCUCACAGCACGGUCAGGGAGUUCACGGUGGUGUGGAUGUCGCUCCGGAGGGUUUGAGUCGCUUGUGGAUCGACGAUUUGGCUCCAUUCAGACUGCUUCCCAGUGGUUCAUUGCCUGAACCGAGGGGGUUCGAUGCGGUCCUUGGCUCUUUGGGGCUGGUUGCUGCGAGUGACUCGUAUGCUGAGUUCUAGGGUUUGGCUCUCCUGGCGGUUCAUGUCCGGGGGGUGUUCAAUGUCCUGGCGAACCGCCUGUCCCAUUUCCUUCCCCUUUCCACGGACUGGAUGGUCGACGCCGACUCCUUCCGUUGGUUGUGCCAGACGUUCGGGACUUUGGACGCCGAUAUCUUCAUGUCGGCGUGGUCGAGGUGUCUCCCGGUAUACGUGGCACCCUUCCUCGACUGCGAGGCUGUCAGGGUCGAUGCCUUUCAACUGGACUGGGUGAGGUGGGGUUACCUGUACCUCUUUUCCCCGGUUCAGCUGUUGCUCCAGGUCCUGGCUCGCUUGGAGACUUACCAGGGAAGAGUUGUCCUUCUGGCUC